AUGUUUCUGGCCUUUGUCUUCCUAUGGCUUCUGAGUCUCUGUCAACAUCACACCAUCAAAGCUCUUUACUUUUUCAACCGACUUUUUCCGUGUGUGUGUUCGGACCACAAAAGCCUCUCUCUUUCUCUCGCUCUUUUAUUACCUGCGCGCACUUCUGAGGAUCUGAGAGCCAAAACAUCAUGGACGAAAGUCAAGAACUGGCGUUGACCCAGUUAAGAAAAUCAGUUGAGAAACUCUCUUCUUCCACAGAGGGAUAUGAGAAACCGACAUUGAUGAGGUUCCUCGUGGCAAGAUCAAUGGACCCAGACAAGGCAGCAAAGAUGUUUGUAGAUUGGCAAAAGUGGAGAGCCUCCAAGGUUCCUCCAACUGGGAUCCCAGACUCAGAAGUGAAGGAUGAGUUGGAAUUUAAAAAGAUCUGUCUUCAGGGUCCAACCAAACUCGGACACCCUUUGGUGCUUGUCAUAACCUCUAAGCAUUUUCCUUCUAAGGAUCCAGCUAACUUCAAGAAGUUCGUUGUUUAUGUGCUAGACAAAGUACUCGCAAGUGGCAUCAAAGGCAAAGAAGUAGGAGAUGAGAAGUUGGUAGGUGUUAUUGAUCUGUCAAACAUCACAUACAAGAACCUUGAUGCUCGUGGAUUGAUCACUGGCUUUCAGUUCUUACAAUCUUACUACCCGGAACGCCUUGCGAAAUGCUACAUCUUACAUAUGCCGGGAUUCUUCGUGACUGUUUGGAGAUUCGUCUGCCGUUUCCUAGAGAAAACAACUCAGGAAAAGAUUGUAAUAGUAACAGACGGAGAAGAACAGAGAAAAUUUGAGGAGGAGGUUGGAUUAGAGGCUUUACCUGAAGAAUACGGAGGCCGAGCUAAGCUCACAUUAAUCCAAGAUGUCAUUCUUCCUCAGACUGCUCCACCAAUGUUACCAACAAACAAUAAUGCUUAAUUCUUAAUUCUUGGAAAAGCAUUUAACCCUUCAAACACUGAAUCCUGCUUUAAUACAUAUUAUCUCCCUACUGCUUUACUCUUUUUAUUCUGUAAUGAUUAGAACAAGAUAUCGUUAGAACUUUUCAA